CAUAAAUGUCAUUGAUUAUUUUUUUUCAUACAUCAGAUCAUCGCUCAUAUGAUUAUAGUCACAGCUGCCGUGAUCCGAAAUCCGAAACGACCGAAACUAUCUCGUAUUUAUUAUAUCAUGAUAUUUCCUAUAUAGCAAAUUUAACGGCUACCGCAAGGAAAUAAUAAUUGCACUGUUAUAGUACGCUCACCAGUCGCCGCGGUGUCCGGCGUGAUUGUCGGUGUCGUACUCUCGUAUUCUCUUUGCUUUCCCAUUCCACUCAGCAGCAGCUGAGCCAACGCAAAACAAUAUCUCUAUUCUCUAUAAUCGUUAUUAUUAUUAUUAUUAUUAUUAAUACUAUUACAAUUUACAAUCUUACAUAAUAAUAAAUGUCAAGAACGUCGUCGGCCGACGUUCAUCCGCGUUGCCAGGUAUAGUCCGUCAUCUGUCGGGAAAACCGCAGCACAACCGGCCAAGAAAAAAAUACCUCCGACUAAUCGCCUAUCGGCAGUUGCUCGCGUGCACCACGACGGGCACGACGAUGUUUUGUGGACUGCGGGUAGACGGCGACGGCGACGGCGACGACAUCAUGUUAUACUCGAUUGAGAUAACGAAUAACGAUUAACGACGCUUUUUAGCGAGUGCAUUUAAAUCUAUGAGAGGAUCAGUUCGUGACAGGCGGUCGUAACUACAACGCGUGUUAUCGAUUCUCGGCCGGUCACUCGUGAUCUCGCACAAUCAUCGUCGAUAUUUAUUGCGUUGCGGGAUGAUCGAAUUUGGCAAUGUACCGUUUCUUCUAGUGUCCCGACGUCGGAGUUAAGAACAACAGUAACGACGACGGUACCUACUCGUACGUUUAACAGUAGCAAAAAAAAAAAACGACUAUGGAUUUAAACAACGUCAACGUGACUGCCCAAACCAAAGGUAACUACAGUUGUUACGACGGCGGAGGCUGUGCAAACGACACGGCUAUGGCGUCAUACAGUGGCAUGCUGGACUCUUUCACCGUGGCUUUGCUCAGUCAGUUGUGUUUACCCUCGGUGUUCAAUCAUCCCUAUUUCCAUUUUUCACAUGCCAUCAUGUUUAUUUGCUACAUGCUGCCGUUUGGAUCUCCUUGUCAGUUGAUUCUCCUCAUACGCAUUGGUUUGGCCGGUGCCACUACCAUUAUGGCGCUGUGGGCUAGGAACGUCCAGUGUUGGCUUGACAGUCUUUUAUGGAAUGCUGCUUCAGCUGUUGUCAAUGUCGUACACAUUUUAGUGUUAUUUUAUCAACUCAGGCCGAUCAAAUUCAAUGAUGAAUUAGAACUAGUGUAUGAAACACUUUUCUACCCUUUAAAAGUUAGCCGUAAACAAUUUAGAAAAAUAAUUUCCUGUAUGAAAAUGAUUCGGCCUCUAAAAACCCUUGAAAUAUUUGCUGAAGAAAAAGUAACGAGGGUUGACAGCUUAUCGUUGGUUCUUUCAGGAAAAUUAGUAAUAUCACAGAAUGGUAAUGCUCUGCAUAUUGUCUUCCCAUAUCAGUUUCUAGAUUCUCCAGAGUGGUUUGGUGUAUCAACUGAUGAAUUCUUUCAAGUAUCAGUUACAGCUGUAGAAGAUUCCAGGGUAUUAUUAUGGCAUAGAGACAAAUUAAGAUUGUCAAUAAUUACAGAUAAAUUUUUGUACACUAUUUUUGAUCACAUUCUUGGUCGAGAUGUUGUAAAAAAACUUAUGCAGGUAAGUGAAACUAUGUCUAAUGGCCAUUUACCUAAUCAGUGGUAUGACGGAGAAGAAACCGAAAUGGCAAAUAAUUUAAAUGAUGAAAAACAAACAGUUCUUUAUUUAAAGCGUAAUGGUGAUGGACAAGCAGGCAUUGAAACUAUAUUGAAACGAGAACUACAAGGCGACCCAAAUGGCUGGAAAUUGAGUAGGAUUGAAGAAGUCGACCAUGAGACUCCUGUGUAAAAUAAAAUACAAAAUAUAUUUCCUUUAACAAUUAAUAAUCUUGUGAUCUUAGAAUAAGUUUAUAUCUGUGUUUUUUUUUUUUUUUGACUCUGACACUUUGGUGUUGUUUUUUAAUUUACCUCUGUCAGAUUUGAUUUUUGGCACCUAUCGAAUUUAACAAUCACUGUAGUAAUAUCAAUUUAUUUUAUUAACUUUUCUUAAUUUUAAGAUUUUUAACAAAAGAAAAUGUUUGAUAAACUAAACAAAUAUUACUUAUAAGCUAGCUCCUUGUUUUCUUUGAGUAAUAACAUACAUUUUGUUUUGUUUCAAAAGUACUGAUAUUCAAAUGUUUUAAUUAAUAAAUAUAUUACAUGUUGAUUUAUUGUUGUUUGAAUACUAUAAUGUAUUAAUUAUUAAUAUGAUAAUGUAUUACUAAAGUGAUAUUUAUAAAAGUAACUAGUCCAUUAUUAAUCAUAAAAAAAUUUGUAUGUAACUGUGUAUAAUAUAUAAUAAAUAAAUGUAUAUAGUGUCCUUUGGUCUCUGGGCUGUUUUAUUCAAUAUCAACUUAUGAAAAUCCAAUUAAAACUACUAAGUAAUAGUAUAAUACUCCUGCUACUAAAAAAUAACUUAAGGACUUGGGACACUAUAAUGUGUAAUUUGUAAAUAGGAUGAUCCAGUUAAUAUGGUUUAGUAUUAAAUGGAUCAUCUAGUAUUACAUAUUUUAUUGUACGAAUAUUGUUAUAAUUUAUACUAAUAAAAAUCAUAUUGUAAUUGUACAAAAUUUUGAUUUAAAAAAAAAAAAAAGUGUGAUGAAUUAAAUAAAAAUAUAUAUUAAAUAUAUAA